AAGAUAAAAAGAAAGAAAGAAAAAAAAGGGACUCUCUUUGUUUCUCUUUUGGAUCCCAAAUCUGGAGUUCUUAGCUUCUAAAAUACUUUUAAAUCUGCAUCUUUAAUGCUAAACAUUGAAAUUGUAUUUUGCUUAGUUGGAUCUGCAAGAUGGAAAGCAUGAAUAGCUUUUGGCAGUUAGGAGAUGAUCUCCGGGGACAAUCUAAAGCCUCAGAGGAUCACAAAUGGUUGAUGGUUGCCUCCAAACUGGCUGAACAGACGAGGAUAAAGGGUGAGCGAAUGAACAAUCUCGAUCUUUCAAAGGGUCCAGCUGAAGUAAGGACAAGGGAUAAAUUUGGGUUCCAUGAAGACAACAAAUUCGAGAACCUUAACUUCAAUAUGUUGAACUUGGACUCCAAGAUCGGAGAUAGUGUAAGCAAAAGUACCUUCCGAAAUGGUAUUUACAACACCGAUGCUGUUUACCAGAAAAAUAACAGCCACAACAUUGGGAACCUGUCUGCCAACAAAUAUAGCGGCAACAACCAUAGCAACAAAGAUAUUAAUAAUAACAGCAACACCAACUCCAACAACAACGAGAACAGCAAUGCAAACAAUGCUGUCGAUAAAAGGUUCAAGACUUUGCCUGCCACCGAGACACUCCCUAGAAAUGAGGUGCUUGGUGGAUACAUCUUUGUUUGCAAUAAUGACACAAUGCAAGAAGAUCUUAAGCGUCAGCUAUUUGGUUUACCGCCAAGAUACAGGGACUCUGUUCGGGCAAUCACACCUGGCCUGCCAUUGUUUCUCUAUAACUACACCACUCAUCAAUUGCAUGGUAUUUUUGAGGCAGCAAGUUUUGGGGGUUCUAACAUUGAUCCAACUGCUUGGGAAGACAAAAAGUGUAAAGGCGAGUCGAGGUUUCCUGCUCAGGUGAGAAUCCGUAUAAGGAAGGUAUGCAAGGCAUUGGAAGAGGAUGCUUUUAGGCCAGUCUUGCACCACUAUGACGGUCCCAAGUUCCGUCUCGAGCUCUCAGUUCCUGAGACUUUGGAUCUAAUGGACCUUUGUGAACAAGCAGGCUCCCCAUAAACAAAAUGCUAGCCGAGUGCAAAUGUAGUAGCAGUAGGGUUUGUGAUGCACGUUUCCGGAGAUUUUUCCAUAGAGCGCAAGCUGUGGUGGGUGUUAAAUCCAGUUGGGGAAAAAGUAGGAAAUGGCAUUAGCCACAUAUGAAUAAAUGCGUUCAUGUCAUGUGAAAGAUGCAUUGUAAAACUUUUGCAUUAAUAUGCUAUGAAUUAAAAUCCUAUCAAAGAUAUAUUUGCAAGAUGUCAAAAGAAAAUGGCAACUACGUGUAAUGUUCAAGUCCUCAACAACUGAAGGCUUUGAUGUCUAUUUUUGUGCUUAUAAUAUGAACUUUCUCCUGUCUUAUUCUUCAA